AUCCCAAAUGUACAUGUAAAUACUACGAACAAACUUUUAGAAAGAAAAAAACAAGUUAUGGUAAAGUGGAAUACAUUUCAAAAUGUGGUGGGUAAAGGACCGGUCCUAUAUACUAUACCGCAUUGUGUAUACUUUAUAGGAAAACAAUGUGGAUUUAAGUUGUGGACGCACCACAGAAGCCACAUCGUACCCGAGGGUGCCACAGCCCCCACUUAUUUACGUCCGACCUCCUAAAGUAGAUCCCCAACUUGAUCCAGAACCAUACUCUUCAUCAAACUACCCAUUAAAAACCAUACUGCACAAAAUGAAUGAAGCACCCCUCUCUCACGUACCUCACUCAUACAACAACCAAAUCCCAGCCAUGGAUGAAGCCACACUUCGCAAGCUCUCCCGCGCAGAGCUCCAAAAGCUAGCCAAGGAACACAAAGUGAAAGCGAACAUGAAGAGCGUGGUGAUCAUCAGAGAGUUGGUGAAGCUCUACGAGGCUGUUCCGCUAAUUCAAGACGAAGACAGCGAAGAGCCUCCAAGAAAGAAGUCGAGAAUAAGGGGAGAGAGUCCCUCAACUGCUGGGCCUUCGACAGGAAUCGUAGACUUACCAAUGGAUACAAUUGUUGAUCGUCCCAUCAUCAAGGAAGAUGCCACUUCGCCCGGCCUGGUUCUCGCAGCCGGAGAGGCUGCUGGCAGUGCUGCUGAAAAUAUAGCGGAAAAGUUGCCGAGCCUUUCGCCGAUACUGGAAAGUCAUGCUGGGCACCCAGCUGCGGAAGAUAACUCUGGGGAUUCGGAUUCCAACCUGUCCUACGCAAGUUUGGGGCAGCAGGAAUACUACAAAUCACCCGUCAGCUCGCGUGCGGGAACGCCCCCGCCUGAAGAGCCACAAAUGCUCGGCCGGGCUGUAAAAAUCAUGAAUCAGAUCACAGCUGACGACCAACGCGUUCUCGUCCAGAUCGCUGCUCUCCGGCAGCGAGCAGCGACGCUUAAGCAGGAGGCGAAAAACGUGAGGGACGUCGUACGCGCCGAGAAGGGGCGACGUGAGAGAUUAGAGGCAUACUUCGCGCACUGGAGGCAGAUUUCGCCCGAGUGGCCAAAAGAUUGGCUAUACGAAGAAGGCGAGGAGGAUCAGUUACGGACAGAGCGGGUGUUGAAGGCUACGAAACCAACGCUACCGUCCACAGGGCCAACAGGCCCACCCACUUUGUCUUUCGACGGAAAAGACGCACCGGACUCACAUAUGGCGUUGAGGCGUCGUCAACUGCAGCCACGUCAGGAAGCUCGUGAGCAGGAGAAUGGGGCAGCGGCUGCCCCUCCUACAGAAGUCGAGCAGACAGUCGUUGAGUUGCCAACGCCUCGUUUGAACUUUCGGGUUAAGAAAAAGGAAGAGCUCAGCGAUAGCGAGCAUGGGGCAAGCAUAAACAAGAAUGCUCAAAGCAUUCGGUACAAAGUGCAAGGAAGUGAUCCUGCGCACGAUCCACGCAUUCCACGGGUCUGGUCGCGCAUCCAAGUCGUGCUUCCGGCUCUUAUUCUGGAUGCCAUCCGCUUCCCGAGAUCCGCAUGGUGCACGGACGACGCUGGCGAAUUUGCAGAGAUGAACCUUGCAAUUGAUCCAUUAUGAAGAUCUCGGACACGAUGAGAGUUUUACAGGUUCACAAUAAAUAAUUCAAGGUCUCUUCUAAGACCUGGCUUGAACUGAUCGCACAACCCAUGAAUGAAAUAUACUAAAGCUCACUACCCAAACGCAACGAAAUCCCGAAUAAACAUAAACUCGCCCUUUUUGUCAGCCAUGAACGAUAAAUUCCUCGU